CGCGAGCGAGCGCAGCGGCUCCUGUUUCACUCAAAGAUGGCGGCAGCUCUCGAGCCACCGCUCUCUCCGCCUGCGCUUACAGGCUCGUCGUUGUCGUCGCGCGCGUCUCCCGUGCUUCUCAUCACGUCCUUCUCGGCGGCUCGAUCCCAGAUUCCGGGUUCAAGAGCAGCCAAAAUGCGCUUGCCGUGAAGGCACUCUGCCGUCGCUGCCCCCGGGACCGAGAGCUUCGUUCUGGACGUUUUAAAUCCUACAGAAAAAGCAAGAACUUCUGGAUGAAACUCUCUCAUAUUUUUCCUUUGGAUUGAUUCUUUUUUUGUGUUUUUCUUUCUUUCUUUCUUUUUUUUUUUUUUAAAGAAAAAAUUCAAACAAACUAUCUUUUUUUUUUGGUAAUUUUUACACUACAUUGGACCUCAAGGCGUUUAUGGGGUACACUACAAACCUGAUUGAUCCGGAUUGAUAAACCGACUGAGUUUAAGUGGAGUUUUUACUGGUUUUCUAAAUUCCCUGGGAAUCUUUACGUGGAAAGAGAGGCUUUCUGGGAUUUUUUGGGAUCUAUUUCUUCGGGGUGGGGGGGGUCUCAGGGGGAGUUUAUGCUAUGGUGAUCAGCCUCCUUUCUGAUUCUUUUCGCUGCGGCUUUGAGGGAUUCACUACACGGGACAAAGGAUAGUAAGCGAGGAAAAAGAGGAGGAGGAGGAGGAAGAAGAGGCGGCUCCAGGGCUGCUGAGCCCUCUGAGUGUGUGUGUGUGUGUGUUCUAGUGUGUGUGUUCUAGUGUGUGCCAGGCCCAAACGCAGCCAUGGUGAAGCUGGCAAACCCUCUGUAUACGGCCUGGAUCCUGGAGGCCAUCAAGAAGGUGAAGAAGCAGAAGCAGCGUCCAUCUGAGGAACGUAUCUGCAACGCAGUGUCCACGUCGCAUGGCCUCGACCGCCAGACCGUCCUCGAGCAGCUUGAGCUCAGCGUUCAGGAUGGCACUGUCCUCAAGGUCUCCAACAAGGGCCUCAACUCCUACAAGGACCCCGACAACCCCGGGCGCCUGGUCCCGCCCAAGCCAAAGAGCGGAGUCGGUACGGGCGGAGGAGGAGGAGGAGGAGGAGGAGGAAGUGCGGCUUCCAAGAAGGCGCCGCUAGACUGGAACAAGCUAAUCCGACGCGCCUUGGAGGGGCUGCACGAGUCCGGAGGGUCGUCUCUCAGGAGCAUCGAACGAUUCCUGAAGUGCCAGGCGGACGUAGCCAGCCAGCUAACGGGCACGGCGGCGCCCCGGAUCUUUCACCAGCAGCUCAGGCUCGCCCUGAAGCGGGCCGUCGGGCACGGGCGUGUCCUUAAACACGGCCCGCUGUUCCGGCUCGCAAAAAGCAAUGAUGGAAGCGACGGCGGUGACGGACGCGUAGCACUGGAGUCGCUGCCUCCUGUACGCCUGCUGCCUCAUGAGAAAGAUCGGCCCGUGGCCGAGCCCAUCCCCAUCUGCAGCUUCUGUUUGGGGACCAAGGAGCAGAAUCGGGUCAAAGAGCCGGAGGAGCUCAUCUCCUGCGCCGACUGUGGAAACAGCGGUCAUCCGUCCUGUCUGAAGUUCUCCCCGGAGUUGACCGCCCGAGUUAAAGCUCUGUGGUGGCAGUGUAUCGAAUGUAAAACCUGCAGCAGCUGUCAGGACCAGGGCAAAAAUGCGGAAAAUCUGUUGCUGUGUGACUCCUGUGAUCGAGGUUUCCACAUGGAGUGUUGUGACCCCCCACUGACACGAAUGCCAAAAGGUAUGUGGAUCUGUCAGAUAUGCAGGCCGAGGAAAAAGGGACGAAACGUCUUACACGAAAAAGCAGCACAAAUCAAGCGGCGGUAUAACGCCCCCCUGAGUCGACAGAAGGGCAGGCCGGGACGACCCUUUAAGAAGCUUCGAGGGAGUGGGCGUGGCCGACGGCGGCGAGGAGCCGGAGCUAGUCAUUCGCGAGGCUCCGCCUCCCCUCACUCGUCCUCGAGUUCGUCGUGUGACGGUUACCUUGGUGAUGGUUAUCCGGGUGAUGAUCAGCUGCUGUUCUCGCGGCGGGAGGAAGACGACGAGUCUCAGGGCGCGCCACGCUUCAACAGGAAGACCAAAGGGUUGAUCGACGCCCUGAGCAAGUUCUUCACUCCGUCGCCGGACGGCCGCAAAUCUCGCGCCGAGUCGCUCGACUACGCACAGCAACACCGCAUCCGUAAGAAAAGCGGCCGGAAAUCAGACACACACCAGCGCACAGGGGACAAUCAAGAUUGUGAUGACUGGAAGGAGGAUGAGGAGAAGCUACCAGGACACGAGAACCUGACAGAGAAGGAUGUGGAACUUUUCAGACACAUCCAGGAGCUGGCACUACAGAAAGUCGGGGUGACGGGGCCUCCGGACCCACAGAUGCGCUGUCCUUCAGUCAUCGAGUUCGGGAAGUACGAGAUCCAGACGUGGUACUCAUCACCGUAUCCUCAGGAGUACAGCAGACUUCCUAAGCUGUACCUGUGCGAGUUUUGCCUGCGCUACAUGAAGAGCCGCAGCAUCCUGUACCAGCACAUGCGCAAGUGCACGUGGUUUCACCCGCCUGCCAACGAGAUCUACAGGAAGGACGAAGUCUCCGUGUUCGAGGUCGAUGGGAAUGUCAGCACAAUAUAUUGUCAGAACCUCUGUCUACUAGCCAAGCUCUUUCUGGACCACAAGACUCUGUAUUAUGAUGUAGAACCGUUCCUUUUUUACGUACUCACGCAGAACGACUCCAAAGGGUGUCAUCUGGUCGGAUACUUCUCCAAGGAGAAACAUUGCCAACAAAAGUACAACGUGUCCUGCAUCAUGAUUCUUCCACAGUACCAGCGCAAGGGCUAUGGACGCUUCCUCAUCGACUUCAGCUACCUGUUGUCGAAGCGGGAAGGCCAACCCGGUUCUCCAGAGAAGCCUCUAUCUGAUCUGGGCCGCCUCUCCUACAUGGCUUACUGGCGGAGCGUUGUGCUUGAGUGUCUGCAUGAGGUGCGAGACAGAAAGCUCACCAUUCGCCGCCUCAGCAAGAUCACCGGCAUCUGCCCUCAGGACAUCACAGCCACGCUGCAGAAUCUAAACAUGCUGGAGCAAAGAGUGGACCGUCUGGUUCUGGUUCGUAGAGAAAAGCUGGUAUCGGCUCACAUGGCCCGUCUCCAUGCCCGACCUCGGCUUCUGGAAGUUGACCCAGACUGCCUACGAUGGACACCAGUCAUCGUCGCCAACCCAGUCGUGUCUGACGAAGAGGGGGAUGAAGAUGACGAUGAGGAUGAAGAAGAAGAUGGGGAGAAAGAAAAUAACAAAGAUUUGAAAUCAAAUCGCAAAAGUUCCCCGCUGCCAUGGAAUAGAAUAGACAAGGAGGACAAUGAAGAAAAAAAGUGCUUCCCAACAUUCCCCAAGAAUCAAAGCUCCCCACCCACGUCCCCUAUACGCAACAAUCUCCCGAGCCCUGAAUCCACACCUCUUCAAGCCAAUGGGGAGCGCCGGGGUCGUGGACGGCCUCCUAAAAACUGGCCGUGGGGCAAAGUCAAGGAUCAACCUCGUCCCGGUCCAGGACGACCCCGGAAAACCAGGCCCAAAGAGGACGACGAUGAUGAAUAUCAAUCCCCAAACAAAAUGACACCAGUAUCCAUGUCUCCAUCUCCUCUCUUUACCUCUGAGAAGGAGCCAAACUGCACUGAGCGGCUGAUCGGGGCUUCAAGGCAUUCUGCACUUCCCACACCACGGAACAGAGGGCGCCCUGCCCGGAAAAGAGGAGGCCCCAAGCGAAGGCUAAGUGAGGAGUCAGGAGAUGAUGUGCCGUCAUUAACCACAGCACCCAGGCUGAGUGAGUCUCCGGUCCCUCGUUCCUGCUCAAGUGAAACCAGUGAGGACGAUGAUGACUACAAUGAAGAGAUGGGUGCCCGCUCCCCUCCUGUUCUUACCAAGCCAACGUUAGGGCUCAAAAGCAAGAAGCCCCCACGAAAAAGGCGCAUACGUCAGCGCAGCCACCCGCACAGCAGUGUAGUGACAGAAACCAUUUCAGAGACGACCGAAGUUCUCAAUGAGCCUUUUGUAGACUCAGACUCUGAGAGACCCAUGCCCCGGUUAGAGGAGGAGACCCCGUUUGUCCAUGGCCUCCGCUGUUACCCACCUGCUCGCAAACACUUGGACUCAGCCCUUAAAAUGAUUCGUUCAACCAAUCUUUCCGAGUCUGAAGAGGAUGAUAACACUCCUGUGCUGAAACCAGUCGGUAGCCUGAGAAGGCCAGAAGAGAAGGAGAUGACGGAAAGAAUGGAGCCCUCUACUGUGACACCGCAGGUCCCCUUAAAGAAAAAGAAAGGCUGGCCUAAGGGAAAGAGCCGUAAGCCACAGCAUUGGAAAAAGAGCCCUGGUAGAAAACCGGGAAGUGGUCCCACCAACCCGGUUGCUGACACCACUUUGACAGGCCAGUCCUCAGAGGACCCUCCCAGACAAAUCAUCCAGAGCAAACCUGGCAGGAAGCGUCGGAAUUAUUACCCACAACAAACCCAGGAUGAUGGUGCCCAAGAAGAGCGGGACAGAAGCCAGUUGUCUCCGUUACAGUUAGAAAAGUCAGAAGAGCGAACCUUCAAGAGGAGACCUCUGUCAUCUGAUCUUGACUGCGAAAAGCGUAAAGAUUCUGAUGAGGAAGGCAUUUUUCCUCAACAAACAAGAGAACAGCCAAAGCCCAAAAAAAGAGGUCGGCCACCUAAAAAACCAAAUCUUGAGCCCCCUGUUUCUAAACCCGCACCCAUCUCUGAGCCAGAGGAAGAUGAAGAGGAGGAGGAUCAAACAUGGUCUGAAGAGAAGCCAAGCCGUUCGCCAUCUUGCACCUUGUCCCAAGCCUCCAGCUCCCGAGUCCCACAGAGCAGAGAUGGUGAAAUGGUGGACCAAGAGGAGGAUGAGGAAAGAGAGGAUGAGGAUCAUAACUUGGGCAACAGGAGAACAGGGUCUGUCUCAGGCUUAGGAAGCAGGCGAAGCGAUGAUCAUGAUGCAGAUGACGAAGGAGAUGGUCGACUAGAGGAGAAAAGUGAUGCUGACAAGAGGAGAAAAAACCAGGACUCUGAGGAUGAUGAUGAUGAUGUAGAAGAUGAGGAGGAGGAACAGUCAUCUCCUCCUCGAUCACCCCCCGUUAAAGAAGAACCACAGAGUGGGGAAGGUUUUUUAGACAUGCAGGAGAGUGGGUCUCGGGAGUACAUCCACAAGCAGGAAGAGGUAGAAGAUGAGGAUGAGGAGGACGAGGUCCAGGAGGUAAAGACCCGCUCUGUUGACUCCCAGGAUGAAAGGCGGCGACGGGAACAGGAGGAAUCUGCAGCUGCAGCUGCUGCUGUGGAGACUGUGACUUCCAUUGCAAUUCCUUCUGAACCCUCACACAUGGAGACAUUGGAUAGCAAAUCUGACCUGCUGAUGGAGACAGAACACACUCACGUAAACUCUGAGUUCAAGGACGAGUUGAGCCACCAUCCGCAUGACCACCACCACAGCAGUGAAUUGGACCUAGAGACAGUCCAAGCUGUCCAGUCCCUCACACAAGGAGAGGCCCAGGAUGAGGAAGCUGAAACACACGGUGCUUACCAGGACUGUGAGGAGACCCUAGCUGCCUGUCGAACCCUGCAGAACUAUAGCCAUGGGGAAGGAGAGGAGGAAUCUCUCACCAUGGUAGAAGACUGUGGUGCCUCCCAACAUAGCAGUCCCAUGGCCAACCCUCCUAUGCCCCCUUUAGCUAGUCAAUCUGUACGGUCAGUUAACAGCCCUGGAAUGACUCCAGGACCUCUUGAAACUGGACCAGGAGUGUCUGGUCCAGCAGGUGGAAAUGGGGGAGGCUACACCCAAAUAACUCCAGAGCAUCCUAGUUCACUUUCUGCACCAUCAUUGCAGAACAUGGAGACAUCACCCAUGAUGGAUGUGCCAUCAGUUUCUGACCAUUCUCAACAGGUGGUGGACAGUGGUUUUAGUGACUUGGGCAGCAUUGAGAGUACCACAGAGAACUAUGACAACCCCAGUAGUUAUGACUCCACUAUGGGUGGAGGAGGUGGCAGUGGUGGAAAUAGUGGCAGUGGAAGCAGCAUAUCUGUUACGGUAGCAACUGUCUCAUCUGCAUCAUCAUCGUCCACUCCAUCCUCCUCUUCCUCACAAGGCAAUAGCUGUUCCUUUGUGUCCACUCCUGGCAUGUCGUCUUCCAGUGCUUCUGUGAGCUCUCAACUUGCUAUGGGCAGCUGCAGCUUGAUUCAGCAGGCUGGUCCUGGUCCAAAUGGUGGCCCUGGUUCUAAUAGUGGUAGUAGUGUCCCUCAGCCUCCACCGCCACCUCCUCCACCCUCAGCUAACACCCCAAGCUGUGGCAUCAAGUCCCCCCAAAGUUGUGUAAUAGAAAGACCUCCAAGUGCGAGCCAACCGCAGCAGCAGCAAAAGAAGGUUCCUCAGCAACAACAGCCAAACCCUCAGCCUGCACCUUCAGCACCCCCACCUCCUCCUCCUCAGCAGCAGGCACUUUCCCAGUGCAGUAUGGGAAACAGCUUUGCUUCCACACCCAUGAUCAUGGAGAUUCCUGAGAGUGCAGGAAGCGGUGGAAGUGGCCGAAGCAUUUAUGACAGAAUGGGCCAGGACUUUGGUGCAGGCGGCUAUGCUCAACCCUCAGCCACCUUCAGCUUGGCCAAACUCCAGCAGCUUACCAAUACAAUCAUGGACCCUCAUGCCAUGUCCUAUUCACAUUCAGCUGCUGUCACCUCUUAUGCCACAAGCGCCACUUUGCCCAACCCUAGCUUGGCGCAGCUCGCCUCCUCCCCACAUCCUCCUCUGCCUCAGGCUCAGGCCACCAUGACUCCACCUCCCAAUCUCAGCUCUAGCUCAAUGAAUCUUGGCACUCCCCUAAUCCAGUGCAACAUGCCAGGAGCCAACAUUGGCCUACCUCCUCCACCCCAUACCCAGCGCCUUCAGGGUCAAAUGGCCACUGUGAAAGGCCACAUCUCUAUUCGCUCCAAGGCAUCGCAAAUCCCGGCGGGUUCCCCACACCAGCAGCAGAUCUAUGGCCGAAGCUCAAUGCAAGGGUCCCCUCGAACCCUGGCAGUGCAGCGGGGCAUGAUGACCAAUCUCAUGCCCACUCCGGCAGCUUACAACUCCAUGAACAUGAACCCUCUGAACGCAGCCAUGUCAGCAGGCUACCGCAUGCCUCAGCCCAUGAUGAACAGCGGGUACCACAGUAACUACAUGAACCAGCCUGCCCAGUACCCCAUGCAAAUGCAAAUGGGCAUGAUGGGAGGUCAGGCCUACCCGCAGCAGCCUAUGCAGCCCAAUCACCAUGGCAACAUGAUGUAUGCUGGUCCCUCACACCACAGCUACGCUGGUGUCCCCAAACAGUCGCCUUACAUGAGCAGAUGAGCAAGGGAGAAGUUAUGCAGAGACAAACAAGAGGGUGAAGACAAAGACAUUUAACCCCAUCCAGAAACAGACUCUCGCAAUACACUCAGUGUUGUUACUGGAGUGCACCUUCUUUCCCCCCGAGACCUGGAAAACGGUGUUAGUGUGGUGGAACAGGAAGGUGCCGCAACUGGAGAGGUUUUACUUUUCAUGCCUUUACUCGUACAUUAUGGUGGAAAAGUUUUCGCUUGGUUUUGCCCUACCGAAGCUGUGCAGCGGUAAUCAAGCUGACCAGGGUAACGAUGUGAGGUGUGAACAAACCUGACCACAUCAUGCAAAACAAGGGCACUCCUUUCCUUCCCCUGGUGUUCGUUGCUUAACCCAGGGUUGAAGAAGAAACAAAGCAGCUGCAGGAUAAAAAGAACAGAGAAGCAAACUCGCAUCUGAAUUUCUUAACGGACAAAACCUGGAUCAUGCACAGUCUUUGGAAUUGACAUAGGAAGCCUUACCUAAAAAAAAAAAAAAAGUUGUAGAUGAACUUGGCUCUUAUUAUUAUUAUUAUUAUUAUUAUUAUUACCACCACAUUUUUUUUUUAUUUUUUUUUUUUUUUUUUUUUUUAUAAAUGUUCUCUUUAUUUGGAUGAUCGUUAAAAUGCUUGUGUUUCAGUCUAGCCUCAUGCUUAGUUCAAAUAUAUAAAUAUAUAUGUGUGUGUGGCUGGCUAUACAGGGGGGAAAGUGAUCCACACAUUUUUUUGCUCUUAUAAACAUUCACAUGCACACAUUCGAGACACAAAUACACACUCGCGCGCGCACACACGUUUCGAUAGCCACUUCAGAGUCAAGGUGGAGGCACUUCUGUGCGUGUUGACGUAGAGCUACUAAGGAGACACCACGAGACGUAUCUAGUAAUCCGUGUCUUCCCAGUUCUCAGUAUAGGACCACAUGUAUUAAGAUUCAGAGGGAUGGAGGAACUUUAUGUAGAUGUCCGUAAGUAGCAACAAGAAAGUACCAGUAGCCUGAAUGGGACUAGCGCUCCUGUGAAGAUGUAAAUAUUCUGGUACUUCCUGAUUCACAGCACAGGCUCCUAAACUGCAAAGUGAGUGGGCAACCGCCUCGGUCUCACACAUACACUCCGCUCAGUCCACUAGAGGGCGCUCUAAUCAAGGGAGAUUUUUCCUCAUUUUUUUUUUCCUUUUUUUAAACUUCAUACUGCACAGUAUAACAGGAGUGGCAGUAAUACCGAUGGCGCUCUGCGUAUACGCAUUGACUCCUACUGACACAUGGCCAAUCACAGACCUUCAGAGCUUCAGCUGGCAAUCCAGUGCUGUUAGCCUUUAGCAAUGAAGGAGAGGCAGACAUUAAUUCGCAGUGGCGAAACAAACCAAGACACUCGCUAAGAUCUUGGUUCAAGUGCAUGUCGUACAGGGACGAAUACCAGUAUAGGACUAGGGGCAGAGAAAAACUCCUUUGUAUUCCUUUGUAUGUCCAGUAUUCAAUGUCAAUAUGAGGAUUCUUAAAGAUCUGAUGUUUUCAUAUAUUAUUUGUGUGUAAUUUUUUGUUGUUUGUUAUUGGUUGUUUUUGUUUUUUGUUUUUUUGUUUUAAUUUUUUUCUGAAUUUUAUCAGACUGGGCAGCUUUCUUUUAUGACACAAGCUGACUCUUUUUGACUUUAGUAAACUUAUUGUAGAGAAAAUGUUUUUUCUAUAAUAUAAAAACAAAAAAAAUUGACAUGGAUAUUGGUACUGUCAUUUUUCACUUCUGUUUCAGGAAAACAAAAAUCCUAAACAUAUUUUUUAGCUCAACUUGGGGUUAAUAUUAUUAAGAAAUUCAAAACUUAAAAAAUUGCAGCUCACUUCUAGUGAAUAAGAUGCCUUUAACCUUUCCAUUCCAUCUCAUCUCUAGAGUUUUCUAUCUUUGUGUAGUAUAUUAAUGCUAUUUUAAAAAUGAAAAGGAGACGACGAAUAUCUAAAGGUCAUUUAGCUGUUCUUUUUUUCCUUUUUUUUUCCUCCCCCUCUCCCUCCCACUCGGUUCUUUCCAUGUGUGUAUAGGACGACUUCCAUUUAAGAGGCAUGUAAAAAUGAGCUCCGUAUGUUUGUCUGUUUAUAUUGCUUCUCUUUUUUGUAUCCUUUGUAAUUGUACAUGGUGAGUUGUAAGCUAAGAGAGAGCGCGGUAGACGGAGUGAGAGAGCGCGAGCAACAGCGGGUUCCGCCUCCUUCUCUCUCUCUCCUCUCUAUUUCCUCCCUGUAUGUAUUUCCAUUUAUUUGUUUCUUAUUUUUUUUUUCCUUUUCUUAGCAAGUACUUUCAAAGAACUCUGUACAUUUUAACAUGAAACAAAAAUAAAUUAUGUUGAGCCGU